GCCUGGCCGGUCGCACCAUGAGCAGCGUCCCCGCCGACAGGGAGGGCGGCCCCGCCGACACCAGCCUGCCCGAGGAGGAGGUGAGGACACUCUUUGUCAGUGGGUUGCCUCUGGACAUCAAGCCCCGGGAACUUUACCUGCUCUUCAGACCCUUUAAGGGGUACGAAGGGUCACUCAUCAAACUCACCUCCAAGCAGCCCGUGGGCUUCGUCAGCUUCGACAGCCGCUCUGAGGCGGAGGCAGCCAAGAACGCGCUGAACGGCAUCCGCUUCGACCCCGAGAUCCCCCAGACACUGCGGCUGGAGUUUGCCAAGGCCAACACCAAGAUGGCCAAGAACAAGCUGGUGGGCACCCCAAAUCCCAGCACCCCUCUCCCCACUGCUGUACCUCAGUUCAUCACCCGGGAGCCCUAUGAGCUCACAGUGCCUGCACUUUACCCCAGUAGCCCUGAAGUGUGGGGGCCGUACCCUCUGUACCCAGCGGAAUUAGCACCUGCUCUACCUCCUCCUGCUUUCACCUACCCCGCUUCGCUGCACGCCCAGAUGCGCUGGCUCCCUCCCUCCGAGGCUGGUUCUCAGGGCUGGAAGUCCCGUCAGUUCUGCUGA